CGACCAACCAACCACUAGUUUAAGGACCACAAUAUAUACCCACCCCACCCCACCCCCACGCAAUCCUUGUUCUGUUCCCACUUGUCAUCAAACACCUACCACCACCUUCCACUUCACAAUAUUAUGGCGGUUAACGAUGAUCCCAUGGUGGUUCCCACCCUCUCUCCGCCCAACACCUACGAAGCUGUUGUUAACGGCGGCACCUUUGACCGAUUGCACGACGGCCACCGCCUCUUCCUCACCGCUUCAGCGCAGUUGGCCAGGCGUCGGAUUGUGAUUGGAGUUUGUGACGGCCCUAUGCUUGCAAAGAAGCAGUUUGCUGAACUGAUACAGCCCAUUGAGAAAAGGAUACAUGAAGUCGAAGCUUUCAUAAAGUCUAUCAAGCCAGAUUUGGAAGUGCAAGCUGUACCAAUCACAGAUCCGUAUGGCCCUUCCAUUGUAGAUGAAAAUUUGGAGGCUGUGAUUGUAAGCAAAGAGACAUUACCGGGUGGAUUGGCAGUAAACAGAAAAAGAGUUGAAAAAGGUCUUUCACAGUUGAAGAUUGAAGUUGUAGAUUUGGUCUCUGGAGAAUCAGGUGGAACUAAGCUGAGUUCAUCAAUGUUGCGAAAACUUGAGGCUGAAAAGGCCCAAAAACCAAGCACGAUAUCACAACGGUUACUUGCAGCGGAGAACACCGCUUUUCACUUCUCUUCAUUCCUCGUAUCUCAUUCAAUCCAACGGAUACUUCUCCACACAUAUUUCAAAUUCAAAACCGAUUUUCCAAAUUUCAAAACUGCACUUCAUUCAUUCUCAUCAUCAUCUUUUCACUGCAACAGAGAAGGAUCAUCAUUAGCGAGUAGCCACCAAGUUAAUCUCAUCAAAGAUUACCUGCACCAUUGCUUUUCCAUUCAGAAAUUCACUGAUUUCUUGAAUCUUUUUCAAAAGGGUGGGGUAUUGCGAAAUUCUGCAAAGAUGAAUGAUUUGAUGACGAGUUCGUUCCUAAGUUAUGUUGAACUGAAGAAGCAGGCACAGAAGGAUCUUGAAGAUGUUGAUCUUGACAUUGAAGCAGGGAAUCUCAACCCCACAGAGGAUCCAAACCUCUCUCAAUUCUUCCGAGAAGUUGAAGCAAUCAAGGUUGAAAUGGAAGAGAUUACCAAUCUCUUAUCUGAUCUGCAGCAACUUAAUGAAGAGACAAAGUCCACUCACAGUGCCAAGGUUCUUCGAGGGCUAAGAGACAGAAUGGAUUCUGACAUGGUUGCUGUUCUUCGCAAGGCAAAGAUCAUCAAGGCAAGGCUUGAAGUUCUUGAUCAAUCCAACAUAGCCAACCGGAGCAUAUCAGAAUCCUACAAAGAGGGAACUCCAAUUGAUAGAACUAGAGUGUCUGUCACCAAUGGUUUGAGGGUCAAGCUUAGGGACAUGAUGAAUGAUUUUCAGUCCUUGAGGGACAAGAUUGUGGCAGAUCAUAAGGAAGAUUUGAAGAGAAGGUACUAUACUGCAACUGGGGAGGUUCCAAGUGAUGAGGCCAUGGAGAAGAUGAUUUCUGGGAGUCUCAAAGUUGAGUUUUUGGCUGGGAAAACGGAUGCUGAUAUGGGUACUCAGGUUCGGCAUGAGGCGGUGAUGGAUAUCCAGAGGAGUUUGAACAAGCUUCAUCAGGUUUUUCUUGAUAUGGCAAUUCUGGUUGAGACUCAAGGAGAAAAGAUGGAUACCAUUGAGGAUAAUGUGGUCAAUGCUGGUAGCUACAUCCAUGGUGGGACUAAUAAUCUAUACUAUGCCAGCCAGAUGAAGAAGAAGAACAGGAAAUGGAUCUAUUGGGUUGUUGCUGUGGUGCUGAUUGUUCUGCUGGUGUGCAUCAUUGCAAUGAUGUCUUCUUGAUCAGAGCAAAAUUUUGAGGGAGGGGUUUAGUUUAGAGUUUUUAGACUGUAAAAACUGCUUUCCUUUCCUCUUUUAAGCUUCUGUGGUUCUAGGAUUGUUGGGAAAUGUUUUGUUAAUUGAUUCAAGUAUGUUCAGGAUAACUAAAAUUUGCUGAAUACCAUUGAUAUAUAAAGAUGCAGAUAUUUUUUGUUCU